AAUAUAUUCUAAAAAUUGUUAAUUUGCAACUUCAGUGAAAAAUUGCCCGUGGUUAAAUUGUGAAGUGUUUUUAGUGGCGACCAUCAAGAGGGAUGUGUUAACUAGUUUAAGGGUAUUCCAUUAUCGUUCUAGAAACAGUAUUAUAACCAAUUUUGACGCCAUGAGACGCUGGAGAAAACCGUUGAUUUUAUUUCUCAUUCUUUUAAAUUUCUUCUUUUGUUUUGGGUCAAAUUCAAAAAAUCCAAAGAUUCUUGACACGGAAGUGCAAUCAGUUAUAAGAAGAGCUGCUUAUGAUCAACCUGAAAAACUAAGUCAUGAACAAAAGAAAGCUCGUUACAUAUCAAAUAUUAACGGAAUGCAAUCAAAGGGUUUGUCGAGAAUUAAACUUCAGUUGGAACAUCGGGUCAACCAAGCCCAGUUAAAGGUUAACAACACAAAGGGAUUGUCUGAUAAAGAGAAGGAUUUUAAACUUCAUGUUUUGGAAAUGUUUCUCGAGGAGUUAAGAGAAAGUGAGAGAGAUAUGAUUGACUCUGAACAAGCUUUAAAGAAAUCUUUGGCCAUGGAUUUUUGGAAUUCGAGUACUCUAAUGGUCAACAGCAAGCGUAGGCUCGAUGCAUUGAGGAUCGCUACUUUGAAGGAAGAAAAAAGUUAUAACAGGAUGGUUCAGUUUGAAAAGAUGAUGGAAAAUUAUCUUCUUUCUUCGAACUCCACAUCCUGGGUGGAUGAGAUCUUAAAGGAUGUUGCGCACGCUGCGGAUCAACUUCAGGAUCAAGUUGGCGAUCACGUUGUUCCUGAACACCCAAUGAACGUAAGAGGAGCUGACAUAGAAGCAGUGAUGCAUAUGAAGAGUCAUCUUCAAUAUGAUGAUGAACAAAAACCUCCUGAUGAAGAUGUUGAUAUCUUGAUUGAUUCAAAAAAUAAUAAAUAUAUCCUUACAAGACAAGAAGACGCGAUGUCACCUUACAUUGAUCAUCUGUUGGUUAUGAACAUUAUAUGGAUUGUAAUGACUUGUUUACCACUUGGCUCUCUAUGUCAAAUACUUGGGGUGCCAUCAUUGUUUGGAUACAUACUGGCUGGCUUAGCACUUGGUCCAUCAGGCCUUAAUGUUAUACAAGAAAUGGUGCAAAUGGAAACUAUAGGAGAGUUAGGUGUCUUCAUGAUCAUGUUUUGUGCUGGGUUAGAAUUUUCAUUCGUUCAUAUACAGAAGGUUUGGAAAGUCGCAGUGCAAACACCCCUGUUCACCACUGUUAUAAUGCUAGUAGCUGGGAUCAUUAUUAGCUCAGUAUUUAUGAAGGGGAUUCCCCUGGGUGAAAGUGCUUUUGUCUCGUCAUGCUUUUCAUUCUCAAGCACACCAUUAGUCAGCAGGUUUUUGCAAGGUGCCGGCAAGGAAUCCAUUACAAGUGAUUAUUCCACCAUCUUACUUGGCGUGCUGGUAAUGCAGGACGUACAACUCAGUGUAUUAGUGGCUGCUAUACCCAACCUUGCCCUGCAUAAGACUGGUGACAGCCCGGCAUUCCUCACAACCUUGCAUGUCUUUCUAUGGACUCUGCUCUCAUUAAGCUUAGUAGUUGCUGUGUGUGGUCUCGUAUAUAAGUUCAUUAUGCCUUACUACACAAUGUGGGUGAUGAAACAGAGAAGGGAACUGCAACUGCUAGGAGUGCUGUGCGUGAUGUUUGUAUGCCAACUAUUGACCCGAUCACUUGGAACAUCGAUGGAACUCGGUUGUUUCAUCGCUGGUGUUGUUGUCGCACAUGCAUUCCAUGAACCUGCAAUUAAGCAGAAGGUUCAAGUCAUCCAUGAUUUCUUUAGCAUCAUUUUCUUUGCCACGAUGGGUUUUCAUGUUUUCCCAUCGUUUGUGUUGGUGGAAUUUACUUUGCUUAUAUCCUUGACUGUAAUUGUAGUAGCAGGCAAAUUCUUGAUAUCAUUGUUGGUACUACGUUUCGUCCUACCCCCUCAGUCACAAAACUUGAAGUGGUUGAUCUCCUCGGGUCUCGCUCAAGUUUCCGAGUUUUCGUUCGUUAUUGGAAGCAGGGCUUGUCACCUUAAGAUUAUUUCUCGCGAGGUGUUUCUUUUGAUCCUAAGCAUUACAACUCUAAGUCUUGUAUUUGCUCCUGUGUUGUGGAAGUUAUCAUUGUGGAGAUACAGACUUAGCCAAUCACUUGGACAUUUAAGUUGAAGCUUGAUAUCUAAGGGUUUGCGGCAAUACUUUAUUUUGUGGUUGAUGUAAAAAUUAGAAGGAUUUCCGCAAUGCAGUAUUUUUAACUUGUGUCAACAAAAUUGAAAUUAAAUGUUUCUUUUAAAGUGUAUUUAUGCACUGUUGGAUGUUCAAUUUUUUGAAGUUAUUCUCUUUUUAAAAACAUUUGUACUUUCUAAAACACAAAGCACUUUUUUAGUAUAGUAUUUUAUUAACCGGUGCACUGUUUGAUGCUUAUAACAAAAGUAACUUUAAACAAAUUCGUCUGCUGCUAAAAAAUUUACUUUUACCCACUAAGUCAACCAUUAUACUGUACUUUCUAAUAACCACGUACUAUAUACACCUUGUAUGAAACUAUUGCUUUGAAAUUAUUUUAAAACUUUUCCAAACUAUUCCUAUGGUAUUUUUCCUUUUUAAAAUAUGAAGCACUUUUUUGGUUUAGUAUUAAACCAUCACUGUUGUCUGGCAUGCAGUAUGUCAUAUACACAUUUUACUUAUUACCUAGCUUUAAUUUAUUCAUGUAACCAAAUUAUUUAU